AUGGUUCAAACAACUAUUAUUUUUUGUUUUAUCAUGUUUUAUUCAUUUUCAAAUGCCACUGAGUGUAGCUGUAAUCUUUUACUUGAUUCUGAACAUUGCAUUGAAUGUAGUGAAGGUUGUCACCUCUCCUUAGAUCUCCCAGAAGGAGCAAUUGUUCCUAAUUUAAUAUGUAAAGCGGACAAUGUUCUUAAUUGUUACUUACAUGAUAAAAAUAUAUGUGUUCAAUGUAAAGAUGGAUAUUAUUUAAAAGAUAAUGAAUGUAAAGACUGUGAUAGUCUUAUUAGAGGAUGUAAAUAUUGUAAUGAUACUAAAUGUUUUGUUUGUGGUAAUGAUGAAGGAAAACAAUUGUAUCUCUCUAAUACUCAAGAUAAAUGUAUUGAUUGUAGUGAUACUAAUAAUGCAGAGUUAUGUGGCAGAUGUACUGAUGGAAGUUAUUUUGAUUCAACAACAAGAACUUGUCAAAAAUGUUUUAGUAAUUGUGAGUUAUGCACAUCAAGUACAAAUUGUUUUAAGUGUAGUAACAAAACUAUUUUAACAGAGUCAAAUGGUUUGUAUAAAUGUAUUCAAAUUGAUAAUUGUGAUUCAGAAUAUUCUAAAGAUGAUCACUGUGAAAAAUGUAUUGAUGGUUAUUAUCUUAAGAAUGGUAAAUGUUCUAAAUGUCAAGACGGAUGUAAUGUAUGUUAUGAAGAUACUCAAAGCAAUUCAUUAAAAUGUUCUGAAUGCGAACCUGAUAAAAUUAUGAAUAGUGGAAGUUGUUCUGAUGCUUCGAGUUUACAUUGUUUACAAGGUAGUCCAAUUUUUGGAUGCACAGAAUGUGAAGAAGGAUAUUAUUUUAGUUCAGACUAUACUUGUCAAAAAUGUAGCUCAAAUUGUAAUACUUGCAUUGGAACAUCUGACCAUUGUUUAAGUUGUGCAAAAGAUUAUUAUUUUGUUAAAGGACAAACAACAUGUAUACAUAUGGACUCUCAUUGUAGAUUAGCUGAUGAAUCUGGAUGUAAAGAAUGUAAUAACGAACUUGUUAAAGAACAUGAAAAUGACACAGGGUAUUAUAUUCCUGAGGGUUCACAAACUUGUCAACCUUGUGAGGAACAUUGUAAACUAUGUGAAAAAGAGUCAAACCAUUGUACUGCUUGUAUAGAUAACUAUCUUCUUAAAAAAGUUGAUGAUACAAAUGGAAAUUAUCAUUAUGAAUGUAUUGAAAAUGAUAAAAAAACAUGUAUUUCUACGGAAAUGGGGUAUUGUACCGAAUGUAUUGCAAAACAUUUUAUUGCUACUUCUGCAGAUGGACUAGAACAAGAAUGUACUUCAUGUGAUAAAUCAUGUGAUACUUGUGAAAAGAAUGACUCGUGUUUAACUUGUGCAAAGGAUUAUUAUUUACCAAGAAAUUAUACUGGAAAUAAAGUAAAUUCAUUAUGUAAACAACAAAGUGAAAUUAAUAUGACAUGUCAAGCUGGAACGUCUGGGUGUGAAGUUUGUAAUGAUGGGUAUUGGAUUAAUUUAGAUGAUGACACUCAAGCAAAUUGUACUGCAUGUCCUGAUGGAUGUUCUAAAUGUCAAUGGUCAACAAAUGAACAAAGAGUAAUUUGUUUAUUAUGUGAUACAACGGACCAAUAUGUUAAAAAUGGAGAAUGUGCUCCAUGUAAUGAACUAGAGCAUUGUGCCAGUUGUUCAGGAGAUAAAUGUACUAUGUGUGAAGACGGUUAUAGUUUAGAUGCAGGAUCAAUGUCUUGUUCAAAAACUAAUUGGGCAUUAAUUAUUCCAUUAAUUAUAGUAGCUGUUAUUAUCAUUAUUAUAAUUCUUAUUGUUAUUAUUGGUAUUAUUUGGUGGAGAAGAAGAAAAAGUGUUAAAGCAGAAUCUACUGCUAUUAAACCAUUCCAUGUAUCAUCAGAUCUUGAGUUAAUGCUUCUUGGAGCAGAUAAUGAAAAAUUCCCAUUGAAAACAGAUAAAUGGGAGUUAACAUUUAAUUUGGCUAAGUCUAAAGCAAUUGUUGAUCAAGAAUAUGAAGAAACAGUUAAAUUGGCUAAUAUAUCAAAGAAAGAAUAUUAUUUCGAAUUCCAUUAUACUCCAUCUCAUAAAUAUGAUAUUGUUAUCACUCCAAAUAACUCUACUUUAAAACCUGGAAAUGCUAUUCAAGUUACAUUUAAAAUUAAAGUAUUAUGUACUUGUUCAUUAUCUGAUCAAUUAGGCAUUUCUGCUAUGGACAUUGAUGAUCAAACGAAAGAAACUGCAGCAUUUACUAUUAUUAUUGAAUCUGAUUUAUCUUUGAAAUUAGAUCAUACUGAACUUAAACCAAUUAUGCCACCAAUUGGUGAAGGUGCUUUUGGUAUGGUAUUUAGAGGAACUUAUAGAGGAAGGGAAGUUGCUAUUAAAAAGAUGAAAGCAAGAAAUUUAACACAAGAACAAGAAAAAGAAUUUAAUCAUGAAGUAUCUAUGAUGACACAACUAAGACAUGUUUGUGUUGUAGAGUUGAUUGGAGCAGUUUAUACAGAAGGAGAAAUUUCAAUUGUUACAGAAUUUGCAGAAUAUGGAUCAUUAAGUAAGAUUUGGGGAAAACAAAAAAUUAGUUACCAAUUAAAAAUAAAGUUCUUAGAUGAUAUGGCUGUUGCAUUAUCUUAUCUUCACCAAAACCAAAUUAUUCACAGAGAUGUUAAAGGUGAAAACUUAUUAAUUUUCUCAAUAAAUCCUCAUUCACCUGUUUGUGCUAAAUUAACUGAUUUCGGUACUUGUAGAAAUAUUUCUGAAAGAAAUUUGAGUGUUAAAGAAUUAUCACAAGGUAUUGGAACACCUACUUAUAUGCCACCAGAAUGUCUUCAAAAUUCUACUGAUUAUUCAUAUCCAGUUGAUGUAUAUGCUUACGGUAUUGUAUUAUAUGAAACAUAUGUAGAACAUAAUGCAUAUGAUGGAGAUGAAAGAUUUAAUCAACCAUGGAUGAUUCCACAAUUUGUUAUUGAAGGUAAUAGAUUAUCAAAACCUGAUAGUAUUCCUGAUAAUUAUUGGGAAUUGACAACUAAAUGUUGGUCUCAAAACGCAGUUGAUAGACCUACAUUUGUUGAUAUCUUAAAAACGAUUGAAUCUUGGGGUGAAGACAUUAGAUAUGCCUUUAAUAUUGAAGGAGAUAAAAAAAUACAAGGUAGUGAUGCAUCAAGUUCUACCUCUGUACCAUCUAGUGCUCAAGAACCAUCAACUAAUUCUACUUCAACACCAACAGAUGAUAAACCAAGUUCAUCUUCUGAACAAAAAACUUCAAGUGAAAGUAAAAAGAAAUCAGAAAGUACUAAUCAAGAAGAAUUAAAAGAAAUAAUAUUAAAUGAACAAAUACAACAAUCAUCAAGUUCAUCUUCAAGUUCUGACUCAACUAGUUCAUCCAAUUGA